GCAAAUAAGAUCGGUACAAACUUUAAAGCUCCUAGUACGCUUCUAGUAAUGGCAAAGUAGCUUCGAGUGUCACUUAGAAGUAGCCUUUACUGUUCACUUCGAGGCAAAAGCAACGUGGGAUCGUCUGGGACGAACAACAAUCGGGGAAGCACCCGGAACAGAAGAACCUCAAGGAACAGGACAGAGACACCCAUGCACAAGCAAGUGUGAAAAACCAGGCUUCAGUUCAGGACCAGGGGUGUUUACUUCUCAUUAAACAAGAUCCAAGCGAUACCUGCGUGUUUGAGUUGUCGAGUCCCAGCCCUAUGGAUCCGCAGCUGCAAGAGAUGCUGCUGGCCCCAAAGUGCAGUGUUCGGCUUUCGAGAGUAAAACUGGAACCUCCUGACGCUGCAUGUCUACACGAACAGGGCCAGAUACAGGAACAGUACUGCAGCGAGUCUCCAUUAAGAAGCGAUAGUUACGGAGUGACAGCUGGGACGUGUGACAUUAAAGAAGAACCUCGAGAGGAAUCUUCAAAGGAACAUGCAAUAGUGGAAGUCAAAACGGAGCCUUAUAACGUUGCAAUCUUGACUGGACCGGACCAUAUAGUACACAGCUGUGAUUCAACAUCAGAAGGCAUGACAGCUGGGAUAUGUGACGUUAAAGAAGACCGUCAAGAGGACACUUCGAAUGAACAUCCAAUCAUAGAAGUCAAGACAGAGCCUUAUGACGUUGCCGUCUUGACAGAACAGGACCAGAUGGGACACAACUGUGGUUCAAGAUCAGAAGGUAAAUACAAAAUGGUCGAGGAGAUUUAG